UGAAAAUAUUUAAAUGGAAAAUGAAUAUCACUUUAAUUCACACUUCACAAACAUCAGUACACGCUUUAUUGACAGAAAAGAGAGACGCAGAGUGUAGAGGAGAUGGGAGCAGAAAACUGGAGCCUGACGGCGAAGCUGUGCGACUCCUGCAAGACGGAACCGGCCACUAUGUUCUGCAGUGCCGACGCGGCGUUCCUCUGCCUGUACUGCGACUCCAGGAUCCACGCGGCAAACAAGCUCACGUCACGCCACGCGCGCGUCUGGGUCUGCGAAGUGUGCGAGCAAGCGCCGGCGAGCUUCACUUGUAAGGCUGACGCCGCAGCUCUCUGCGUCACGUGCGACCGCGACAUCCACUCCGCGAACCCCUUGGCCCGCCGCCACGAGCGGCUCCCGGUGGUCCCCUUCUACGACUCCUCCCGCGCCGUCAAACCACACGAUGGCGAAGGCGGCGGAGGCUCCGACUCCUCUGAUGACAAGCACCUGCGCAGCGAGUCGGACAACCAGAACGCCGACACGGAGGAAGAGGUGGAGGCGGCGUCGUGGCUCCUUCCGACACCGAAUAACGCGAAAGGAAUUGAUUUAGAAGGACCGGGAUACAAAACUGCGGACUACUUGUUCAGCGAUUUAAAUCCUUAUUUGGAAAUGGAAAUGAUGUCUGGCGGAGAUCAGAAGCCCCACUUCCACACCGAGAAACACUACAAUACCGACGGUGUGGUGCCGGUGCAGAAGAAAAGCGGCAAUACACACGCAUCCGGCCCAGUAGUUGAUGGAUUUCCCGGUUACGAAAUCGAUUUCGCCGGCGGCGCGUCCAAGCCGUCCCUCCUGUACAACUUCGGUUCUCAAUCCAUCAGCCAAAGCGUGUCAUCAUCAUCAUUGGAGGUCGGACUUGUGCCCGACAAUAGCGUCAUGGGAGACGUGUCCAAUGCUCCACUUGACCAGAGCCCUGGCACCAUGGACAUUGUUGUCCCAAACCCCUUGUUGGGAGUGGAUCGGGAGGCGAAGGUGUUGAGGUAUAGAGAGAAGAGAAAGAACCGCAAGUUUGAGAAGACUAUAAGAUACGCUUCUAGAAAGGCAUACGCCGAGACGCGACCAAGGAUCAAAGGAAGGUUCGCCAAGCGCUCCGAGGCCAAAGUCGACUCCCUUAUUGCUGCUGACACUUCAUCGUUUGGUAUUGUCCCAUCGCUUUAAGCGUCCUCAUGCAUGACAAGAACAUGUAAUUUUGGGCAGUUUUGGGCUCCUGGUCUCAGCAAUAUAUGUGAAUGUAACGGUUGUUGAUUUUUCUGUACAUAUCGUACUUGUACCAUGCUUGCUUUACUAGCUGACUUUGAUGAUGUAUUUUCUACUCCGUCCUUUAAUUUACAUCUUUUAAUGAAAUUGUAAUGAGAUGUAUUUGAGCACUCUUUUUUGACAAUAUUGAAAUAGGAAUUUUAUCAAUUCAGGAUCCGAAAGAUAGAUUAAUUAUCA